CUGACAUCACUUGGAAGCUAAUUUACAAUACAGUGGCCUAUAGCAACUGGUGCUCAUUUUUCGGCGAUAUUUCUCUUGGCUGUAGUUGGUUGCAUUUAAACUGCCAAACUAGAGAAUGGGUCGUUAAAAGCAGCUGGAUAGGAAAAUCGGCAUCUGUAAUCGGUUCAAACUUUAUCAAGAUUCAUUUGUAUUUCAUAAUGGGGGUUAUGAAGGAGGACUCAUCCGACAUUUUGUAUCCGUUUGAAUCAUUUAAUGUACCUGAAAGAUUUCUUAAGAAGGCUGAAGAUGAACUCCAUGAAACACUCGACAAAAGGAAACCUGCAAUGCAGGAAUUGAGAGAGUUAAUAAGAGACAACGGCCUUACUUGUAGAACUUCCGAUGAAUUUCUGCUUCAGUUUCUGAGGGCCAGAAAAUACAAUAUUCCAAAAUCUAUGAGCCUGUUGAAGAAAUACGUUUAUUUCAAAGCUAAAAAUCCAAAUCUCUUUACCGGGAUGAACUACGAUGCUCUAAUUAAACUAAUUAAAUCUAAAACCAUGAAUUUCCUUCCCAAGAGAUGUGCAGAUGGCUGUGCUAUCCUGGUAGUGCAUUUAGAUAACUGGAAUCCCUCUGAAGUUCCUAUACAAGAUUUGUGUAGAGCCAUUGCCUUGUUCCUAUAUCAUUCCAUCUGUGAUCCGCUGACUCAAAUAAACGGCUACAAAGUCAUACUCGACGUUAAAAGUAGCCCCUGGAAACAUCUACGAUUUUGUACGCCACAAAAUAUCUACUUGUUAUACAACGGAACUCAGGAAUGUUUCCCAGGUAGAUUUAAAGGCAUCCAUAUUAUCAAUAUGUCUCUUACUUUCAAGGCAGCCUGGACUUUAAUUCACCCCUUCCUAUCCGAAAAAUUAAAGAAACGAUUUAUUUUUCAUCAAAAUAUGGAAGAACUUACUGACUAUUUCCCAGUGUGCCUACUCCCUACUGACUUCGGCGGCCAAUUGCAAGAUUAUGAUUGCACACCAUGGUUAAAAAAUGCUUUGCAAGAAGAGCACUUAGAAAAACUAGCCAAUUAAAGGUGCAGGUCACUAUUAUUAAAUGUUUAUAAGCUAUAUUAGCUUCUAUAUGAUCAAUGCAUGGUUAUCAAGAUGUCUCUUUCUUCCAUUUUAUUAUGGUUGAGGAUUUUCUCCAUGGCUUUUGGUCAAGUUUCAUUUUUAUUGAAACAUUGUACAGUUACUUUAUUGAUUGAUUUACUGGACAUACUUUUUGCUUGUACAUUAUGUAUACUUGUAAACUUUUUACUUUUUAUAUGUUUAAGUUAUGAAUAAAUGUUCCUAUUCUCUGUCUCUAAA